UUAAAAGCGUUGGUAGGUAAAAAGGCCGAAUUUUGGGGCGUGCAGAGACCAGUAUUAAAGGCUAUUAUACACUAUAAGAGCCCGGUAGUUGCUAUUAUAGGCAUAGGUGGAGGUAAGAGCGUGUUGUUUAUAUUGCCAGCAUUGUAUUUAACAGGCGUAACGGUAGUAGUUAUGCUAUUAGUGUUAUUGCAGGAGGAUAUAAAAAGCUGUUGCAAUAAAGCCGGCAUCGGUUGCGCGCAGGUCGUGUUGGUUACGCCGGAGUUGGCGGUUGGAAAAGCAUUUGGCAAUUUUAUUAACCGACAGCAGUUAAUAGAACGGUUGGACCGGAUUAUAAUUAACGAAUGCCACGUAAUUUUAGAUUUAGUAGGCGGGUGGAGGAGCAGGAUAUUGGCGUUGAGGAAUUUAGUUAUAAUAGAAACGCAGUUGGUGUAUUUAACAGCAAUAAUCUAG